GAAGAGCAUGUCAAGGGGGUUCAACGGUAUCAAGCUCAGAGCUGAACGCAGAUCUUUUAUUACAUGUGUAUCAGGUGGUGCACGCUUACACACGCUGUAAGAUUUCCUACCACUCUACAGUUUUUAAAUGAUGUAUCACGGAGGAACCAAGGUACAGAUGACUUAUGAGUACUGCUAUUAGAGUUUUUCUGUCUUGACAGUGAAAACAAAGAGAAAUGGAAGAGUUGCAGCCAAACAAGGAUUCAUCUGAACCCACAGUUGUGAAGAGGGUACAUAAGUCUGAAACCAAACGAUAUAGCGAGAUCUUCCGAGAAUUUGACAAUCUGGAUCUUUCUUUUAUGUCUUCUGACGGAGAGGAUCUGCUGGGAGACCCUGACUUCCUGCCUAUUUCAGAGGGUGCAGACAUCACAGAGCAAAGUGACUUACCUGUUCAGACUGAGGCCAGUGAAACAGAGGGAAACCAAACAGCCCAAGAAGCAGACUUGGCCCUCUGUCGCUGUGAGGAUGGAGUUGAGACUGCACUUCAGUAUACCAAGAUGUGGUGCCGCUAUGCAAAAGACCUCCUUGUCUGGAUGGAGAAGCGAAUCAGCUUGGAACAAGAAUUUGCAAAAAACGUGAUGAAGACAGCUGAGGGGGCAAGGGCCAACAUGGCACAGCAGGAAAUGUUGCCACUACAGUACAUAUACAUCAUGGCUCUGGAGCAAGACAUCAAGAACAGCUUGACGUCUAGAAGGACUUCUGAAAAGAUCCAAAACCGCUGUUACCAGGCUUUGACUGCCAAAAGGAAUGAAAUUGAUAAAUGGCGCAGGGAGUUUAAAGAACAGUGGGCAAGGGAACAGAGGAGGAUGAAUGAUGCAGUGAAUGCUCUUAAAAAGGCUAAACAGCAGUACUUCCAGCGCUGUGAUGACUUUGAAAAGGCUAAGGCAGUGUCAGCUAAAGCGUUGGAUGACACAGCUGGAAUCAAAACAAUAGACAAGAGGAGGAAGUCCAAAGAUGAAGCCCAAACUAAGGUCGGGGAGGCUGAACUUCUGUACAGACAAUGUGUGAGUGAGGCCAAGAUUCACCAAGAUAACUUGGAGAGGGUCAAAGAAAGGAUCAUUUCUCACACUCGAAAACUCAUCUGUCAGGGAGACACUGUGUUAAAGGAGGUCACAGUCAACAUGUUCUACUUCCAGCGGCAGCAAACAGAGCCUGUCCCCCUGGGCUAUCACAACCUGGAGUUGACAUGCAGAUCCCUGGAGCCUGGAGAGCCUUAUCUGCUCUACAUUCUCAGCAGGCGUCGUCCAGAACAAUCCACCCAAACCUUUGUCUUCCAGGAUUAUGUUCCUCAAGGCAAAUGCCACAAACGAAAAACCAGCGGUGCCCUCAGCUCACUGCAGGAUUCAUCACUUGUGACCGAAGACUUUUCUUGCAGACGGUCCAUUGAUGGAAAGAAAGUGGGGCACAGUGACAGUGAGAGUUUUGGGGGUAGUUUGGAGUCAUUGUCCAGUCCUGGUUACAAGAGGUUGCCCAAAACAGCAUCUACUUUGACGGUGUCAUCAGAUGAUCUAGAUGACCGGGAUGUUGGGUCAGAAUCGGAAUGUAUUGAUGGCCAAUCUGUAAAAGCUCGAAUGUUGUCUCGAGCUGCACUAACACACCGACUCAAAAAAAUGAAAAGCAAAAUGGUUAAAUGCAAGCAGUGUGAAAACUACAUUGUGGUCAGCGGGGUUGAGUGUGAGGAGUGUGGGCUGGCUCUGCACAGGAAGUGUAUGGAGGUGUGUCAGCUAGAGUGUGAGCACAGGAAGGGCACAGUGUUCGGAGUGGAUCUCUCUGUCCUGUGCCGAGAGAGGCCAGGUGAGCUGCCCUUUGUGGUGCAGCACUGCACGUCUGAAAUUGAGAGUCGAGCUCUCUCUGUCCAGGGGGUGUAUCGCGUGAGUGGAUCUAAACCUCGCAUUCAGAAGCUCUGUCAGGCGUUUGAGACGCAAAAGGAGCAGGUGGACCUCUCUGACCUCUCACCACACGAUAUCACCUCCAUCCUCAAGCACUUCUUCAAGGAGCUUCCAGAGCCUUUACUAACCUUUGACCUGUACAAUGAUUUCAUCGCACUGGGAAAGAGCAUUCAGCACAUGAGUGAAAGGGAAACAUCACCGGAUCCCACUGAGAUAGCGGAAAUUAUCCACAGACUGCAAAAGCUUCUACAGAAGCUCCCCUCAUAUUGCUUUAGCACUUUGCAUCACAUGACGUCUCACCUGCAGAAAGUUUCAGAGAACUAUGAGAACAAGAUGUCCUCCAGUAAUCUGGGUAUUGUGUUCGGGCCAACGUUACUGCGCCCUCUAGUGUCGAUGGACAUGUCAAUGGUUGCCCUUUUGGAGACCAGCUACCAGGCUUUGCUCGUGGAAUUCCUCAUCACUCAUCAUGACAAGAUUUUUGGGGUGGAGCAGAGACCCAGCACACCCCUUCCUCCAGUCCCCACAGCGCCUCUGCCAGAGACUCCCUCCAGAGCUUCCUGCCCCAUAGACGGAGUGGUCGACGCUCAGUUGGAACGUGACACUUCCUCUAAAGAGCGUCCCCGCUCACUAGAAAGCCGAUCAAUCAAGAGAGACUCAAGCGAGGGUUAUAUAUCUGACAAGUCUUCGUCCAAUGAGGCAGUGGACCAGCUCAGCCCAGACACCAAUGAGAGAGCAGUCCUGGCUGUGAGAGCUGCAACAGCUGGUGAUCCUGAGGGGGACUCGGUUGUGGAACCCGCCUCUGAUUUAGGAUUCCAAACACACUAUCGCUUCACGAGACAGCCUGUGAAGUAUUACAGACAUCAUAACCAGGGAACCUGCCUUUCGAACCCCGGCUGUGCGACCAGACAGUGGACAGCUCCCACAGGCCUCCACCGGGGCAGCGCGGACAGCAGCCGCAGCUCUUCUCCAGAGCAAGGGACGCGGAGACUUUCGCAAAACUUAGACGCCCACUUUGACAACACUCAGCCCCUCCAACAGGUCACCACAAUCACAGAGAGCAAAGUGGACGUCCCACUGAGCCCUCGCGAGGUCGCGCAGUACAUGCUCGGACUGGACUCAACGUUUGCUCCACCUGGAGCAGCUUCAUCGUCAGGAACAGCGGUUCAGUCCACUCAUGAGGUGGCAGCAGGGUGGCAAACACAGCGGAAUGAGAAUCCGAACAAUAGCCCACAGAGCGCUGGACAAAGCAACGCUCUUCAUCCGUCGAAGCCCGUUCCUGCUGAGUACAACCUCACAUCAUCAGCCCAAAAGAUCCUGUCCGGCCUGAAGCUGAGACGCAGCCACUCGGGGAAGGACGAGCAGCUAUUUGUCUGAGUACAGAUGAAAGAUUUACAGAAUCUGGGAUGCAUGUAAACACUGGAGGACUGGUAACACCGCUAUUGUGUGCACAGAAACCAUUACUACAUUCGGGUAGUUGUUACGGAAAGACUUUCCCAUGUUUAAGGCACAACUGUCCCUGCUUUGGCAGACAGUUUAACAGACAGUUUAACAGCAAACGAAAGCACGGAUCAGAGGAGAUAUUUGAAUGUAAGCAGCAGGAGGCUGGACAAUGGUGCUGAAGAGACACAAACCAGCACCAACGCAUCAAGAGUCCCUGUACAAAAAUUGUAACCAAUAUUGUUUGUUUUUGGGGUUGUUGUUUUGUUUUUUGUUUUUUUUUAGAAAACAACGUUUUUUAUUAUUGUUUGUGCUUUUUGACCUUCUAGUUCUCAGAGGGAAAUCUUGUUGUAUACAAAAGAUUUGCCUUCAACGGAGAUUAGUUUGACACUCUUUUGUUGUUUUAGAUGAUUGCACCUAUCCGGUUUUGACACAAGGGGGCGCUCUUUCAAUGUGCAAGAAGGGCAUUUCAGAAACAAUAGUGGAGGAGUAAUAAAUCGUUAACUUCUAACUGCAGUGCUGUGUUUAAAGAUAAGUCAUUUCCUUGUGCUACAAAAGCCUUUCCUCUUCAUCUGACUCAGUUCAGAGAGAAACGUGAAGCAAGACGAGAUUUUCUGGCAUCCACAACGUGUUUGGGAUGUAUGCAAGUGUAGCCAUCCUUAUUUGCCUUUGUUCAUUUGAUUUUCUUUCAAAGAUAGAGGAAGCAUAACAAUAGUGAAUUUUAUCAAGGCCAUUACUAGUUCACUGUUUGUAGGAAAUCAAUAAGUAAGUUAUUUCACUCUUCCGGAUGCAUUCUUAUAAGUCCUCGUCUCAAACUGGGGAUGCUCUCCCUCUGAGUUAUCAAUAGACUGCAUUCUCGCUCAUCUUCCCUCAUCAUCUUCCGCACCUUCUCCCUCCCUCCUUCCUGCAGUGUCCAUAUACUCCCUCUUCCCCCUUUUUUCCACGCACUGUACAGUCAGAGCGCACACGCACGGCUGCCGGAGACAACAGGAGACAAUAGACGGUAGUUUUUGGUCAUCAUGCUUCUGGGAUUAUCACAUGCACGCAGCACGCUCUCCGAAGUGUAAAAUACAGGCGGACCACAACGCGCGCGCUCAUUCUUACCAGCUGAAAGUUUCGCCAGUUUUUAAUGUUACCAACCGAGAUUUCAGGAGGAGUGUGUUUCACCUCAAGCGAUCACACUGAGGGAAGGAGAGAAGGGAUGAAAACAGAGGAGAACCAGCAGUCCUGUCUGCAGCAGCCUCCGUCCUCAACGCCUUUUGGCCCAGACUACAGAGGAGGGGGAGAGGUGUGUGCUGGCUGCGAGUCUCCCAUCGCCGAUCGCUUCCUGCUGCGCGUGAACGAGCGCUCCUGGCACGAGACCUGCGUCAAGUGCGUCGUGUGUUUGAGCGCGCUCACCGGGACCUGCUAUUGCAGGGACCGCCUGCUGUACUGCAAGCACGACUAUGAAAAGCUCUUUGUAAGGAAGUGCAGUGCCUGCCUGCAGGUCAUUGGACGCACUGAGUUGAUAAUGCGCGUGCUAGGACAGGUGUACCAUCUGGGCUGCUUCAGCUGCUGCGAGUGUGAACGUCGUCUACAAAGAGGUGAUGAGUUUGUACUGAAAGAAGGCCAGUUGCUCUGCCGCAUGGACUAUGAAAAGGAGAGGGAAAUGCUUGCUGCUAUAAGUCCCACACCAACUGAAUCAGUAAAAAGUGAAGAUGAGGAUGGUGGAGGAGGCUCAGGCGGUGGGAAAGGUGGUGAUGAGAGCAAAGAACACAAACGUUCCAAACGGCCGCGCACCAUCUUGACCACACAGCAGCGGCGAGCUUUCAAGGCUUCCUUUGAAGUAUCUGCUAAGCCAUGCCGAAAGGUGAGGGAGACGCUGGCUGCGGAGACUGGACUGACUGUGCGCGUUGUGCAGGUGUGGUUUCAAAACCAAAGAGCCAAGAUGAAAAAGAUAGCUCGCAGACAGCAGCAACAGCAGCAACAGCAGGAACAAGAGCAGCUGGGAGGGACAAGAAGAGGGCCGAGCAGAGGGGGCCGCCAAAGCAACGAUGACAGCGAGGAUGGAUCUAGCACCCAUGGAAUGGAUGGGAUGCUUGGAUAUCCAUCUCUGCCACGUCAGCAGCUUCUUGCUCUGGAUCCAAAUAUCUAUGGCGGAGAGCCCUUCCGACAUGGGCUCACACCACCUCAGCUGAAUAGCGAGCAGCUCCACUCCUAUGAUACAGAAACAGUCUUCCAUGAUUUGGACAGCGAUGGAAGCCUUGGUCACCUUGGUGACUGUCUCUUAGCAACAGGGGAAGGUGGUCUCCUGUCAGGACGAGUGGGAAACCCCAUUGACCGUCUCUAUUCCAUGCAGAACUCCUACUUCACCUCCUGACACUUAUGAACUAUCACCCUUACCCCUUCUGUUUCACCUUUCACCUCAAAGAUGCAGCUAAUGGAGUCUGUCCAUCAACAUGCCUGUGGGACCAUUCUUCAUUAAACAGACUAAACCCAAACACACUUCUGUGCUUUUAUUACUGGCUAAUGUCAUCCAAAGUCACAUAUAGUCAUCAUUUGCAUUUGGUUUUCACAUAUCCUUACCCACAAGGACAUCAGAUGCUGGAUGCACAGACACUGCAAAGUUCCAACAUAAUGGACUUUAAAUUCUCUUGUUGUAUUUAUUACCUAUUCAAUUUAAUAUGUUUUAUGGCACUCCUCAUCAGAAGAAAAAAAGGAUGACUCUUAUACCUAUCAAUAUGUAUAUCAUGAAUUACACUAAGUGUUAAUGGAAAUCAUUUCAUCAAUCAAGUUACAUGUAUGUAGGACUUUGCAGGUUUUAGCACAGGAGGAGGUUUAGAUGCAUUAGUGUAUUACAUAACAUUUUUUCCAAGACUAAUUUUACCAAUUGUGUAUGAUUGAAUGCUGAAUAAAUAAUACUGCUUUUGGAUUGGACUACAGUUUUAAUCUCAGGUUAGUGUGUAUGUAUAUGUAAGCUGAGUUUCAACUCAGGAUAGUCCCAUUGUGCAGAAUAUGAAGACAAUUUGAUUCGAAGCAACACUUCAAGAAUGUGAACUGCAAAACAGAGGGAAUUCUCCUUGUAUAAUUGCCAUUUCAAACUAUACAAUUUGUUUUUAGAUGCAUGACAGCUAUAAUAUGGACCAAAAAAUUGUAUUUAUUUUUUUUAGCAAUUAGAAUAUAGAUGAUAGUACAGGGUCUUUUGAAAAGCAUUUUGUGGAAACAGGGUUGUAUGAAUUAUAUUUGCUUCAGCUUUUUCUCUUUUUUUUUUAAAUAAUGUGAUUGCUAAGAAACAGCUUAUUGAAUUUAUAACCAAAAGAUUCAAAAUGCCCCAAAUUUAGGACUCUGGGUACAUGAUGAUGUGUUCCAAAUGUAAAUGUUAGUAUGACUGUGUUAAAUAAUUGUCGUAAUUACUUUCUGUAAUAAUUUUCCUCUCAAAGAUCAUAUUAGAAAAUGUGGCUGGAUAUUUUGUACCUUCUGUGAUAAUCACAAAUAUUUAAACAGUAGCAUGACAUUUAUGUGCCAAAAAGUAGGUCUAAAGAACUAGCCUCUAAGACUUAAGUUGAAUAGCAAGUGUUGCUAAAAGCAUCAGAAUAGACUCAUGUGGUGCAAAAUAAAGUAGGAAUAGGGUGCUACUUGUUUUGUUUAGAUGCUAGUGAUUGCUACAACCUGUGAUAUUCUUUUAUGAUAUUGUUUAACUCAGAUAAAUGAUUCAUGGUGUUUUCAAAGUGAUAUUAUUGUGAAUGUAAUUUAUUUGUGCAGAAUUAGAUGAGUUCUUAUUUCAUAAUUUUGUUUUUGUGACUGCAAGGUGAUGUGUAUUGAAUGUAAUGUUGCCGUAUCUUCAAUACAAUCUACGAUUUUAUCUUUGAUGCAAA